ACAUGAAAUUUGCGUGGAAGGACGGAGACUUUGCGGUCGCCAACAGCCUCCUUUUCACGGAGAAAUGAUUGAAAUCCGCGGCGGAGCUCACGGCUGACCGGGGGCAGCGAGUUUUUCCCCACUUGCGGAGGGAAGAGUUUGUUCAGCCAGAGGAGUCGCUUCAGUCCGCUUUAAAGGAGAAAACUCACAGAAAAAAAAAAAAAUCAUGUUUCAUCGAGUUGAAGGAUCCAGAAAGUAAACGGAAGCAGCUCUGCACAAAGAGCGUUUGGCUCUCAGCGACAUCAACCAGCACAUCUACAUCUAGCACCAUCUUGAAGACCUGCUGAGUCUGCAGGAAGGCAGGGACCAGCGGAGUUGAACCAGCCUGCCACCAUCAGCCUACUGCCACCUUACACUGGACCACCUCCACCCACAACGAUAUAAUCAGCCCCAUCUUCCUGUUCGCUCUUACCUUGGCCAAGCCCCGUCUGGGCCUCCCAGUGGGCCCGCUGCAGCUCUACAACAUGAGCAGCUGUUGCCAUUGACAUCCCCUGGACAGCACAGUGAGAGCAGCCGUACAGAUGUUUCGCAAAAAAGCCUCUUCCUCCUUGAGAAUGAGAAGGAUAACAGAAAGCGCUAGAUGGAGCGUAGAUCGUGGGCGGAGCUUGUCCUUCCAUGAGGUGCGCAACCAGCGUGAGGCAGAGAUGAGGGCCGCAGCCGAAGAGUCGUCAAACAGCAGCAACAGUGUGGGAGGCGGAGGAGGUGGCGGCAGCACCGUCCUGCAGCGCCUCCUGCAGGAGCAGAUGAACCGGAAUUACGUGCUGCAACAGCAGCAACAGCAAGGAGGAGGAGCUGGAGGGGGUGGAGGUUACUCAGGUCAGGGACAGGGGCAGGUGGGACCCUCUGAUGAUCACUCCAUGAGCCCCCACAUUGCGCGGCAAGAGCCCCAGGGACAGGAGCUACAGUCAGACAAUGGCCUGGAGAAGCUGAGCUCCACCAGAGUAGGAGGAGGGGGUGGGAGCAGUGGAGGGGGAGGAGGUUUAGGGACUGGAGGAGGAGGAGGUGGCAGCAGUGGAGGUGGUGGGAGUGGCCAAGGGCAAUGCCCAAACCCUGAGGACCUCCCUACAUACGAAGAAGCCAAAGUUCAGUCACAGUACUUCCGCGGCCAUCCUCCUCCUCCUCAGCCUCAGCAGCAGAACAACCAGCCCCAGCAGCCUCCUCUCCCAGCGUCGGUGGGCGCUGCCUUCUACGUCACUGGGGUGACCAACACCAAGGUGCGCACCGAGGGCCGCCCGACCGUGCAACGAGUUAGCGGCACGGGGAAGGUGCACCAGGAUGAUGGGCUGAAGGAUCUAAAACAAGGGCAUGUUCGAUCUCUCAGUGAACGACUUAUGCAGCUCUCCCUGGCCACCAGCGGCGUGAAGGCCCAUGCUCCCGUCACCAGCGCCCCACUCUCCCCCCAGCUGCCCCCUCCAGGGCCGCCUGGCGACUACUACAAGCCACAGCUUCGUGGCCCCCCUCCAGACUACCCCUUCAAAGGAAUGGGUUCGCCAACAAAGCAGCAGGAUCCUGGAGGCCAUUUUUACCAGGAGCAGAGAGGGAGGGAGCACUCUAGGGAGGUGCUUCCAGUCCGAUACCAGCCCCCACCUGAGUACGGCUCGUUCAGGUCCAGUAAGGAGGGUUCGGUUCACUCCCAGAGACCCCUUCACCAGCACAGUCCCACUUCCUCUGUCACCUCUGUGGGCUCCUUGUCCCGUGCUCAGUCCUCCACCCUCAGCAGCAUGCUUAGCGCCUCCCACUCUUCCCACGGCUCCUUCCCCCACCAGCACCCCCAGAGCCUGGGAGAGCCCUUCUCCAGCAUGGGACCCCGUGGUCCGCAGAGUCCCGGCUCCCACCAUGCAGGUGAGCCCUUCAUGGGGCCUGUACACCUGCCCAUACAGAGAAGUCAUGGUUUCCCACAUGACCCCUACGGCUCCACCCAAAGGAUGCACCAUCAGCAGCAGCAGCAGCACCAUCAGUAUCAACAACAACAACAACAACAGCAGCAGCAGCAGCAGCAGCAGCUCCAAGGAUCAGCAUCUCCCCAGCUCCAGCUGCCUGUCCAGGCCGGACACUUCCCCCAUCCGCACUCUUUCUCCCACCUACAGGGGGAACCAUUUGCUACGAUGGCUCGUGCCCACCAGAUGGUCGACGUGCUGACAGAGGAGAACAGGAUGCUGAGGCAGGAGAUGGAGGCCUGCCGUGAGAAAGUCACCAAGCUGCACAAGUUGGAGACAGAGAUCCAGCUGGUGUCAGAGGCCUAUGAAAACCUCGCCAAGUCCUCCUCCAAGAGAGAGGCCCUGGAGAAAACCAUGAGGAACAAGCUGGAGCUGGAGGUGCGCCGUCUGCACGACUUCAACAGAGACCUCCGAGAGCGCAUGGAGACAGCCAAUAAGCAGCUCGCCGCGAAAGAGUGUGAUGGCUCAGAGGACAACCGCAAAACCAUCUCCCAGCUGCUCACACAGCACAAAGAAACACUGCGUGAGAAGGAGAAGCUGGAGAUGGAGCUCAACGCGCUGCGCUCCACCACUGAAGACCAGAGGAGACACAUCGAGAUCAGAGACCAGGCGCUCAACAAUGCCCAGGCCAAAGUGGUCAAGUUGGAGGAAGAGCUAAAGAAGAAGCAGGUUUACGUGGAGAAGGUGGAGAGGAUGCAGCAGGCUCUGGCUCAGCUCCAGGCAGCCUGUGAGAAGAGAGAACAACUUGAGCAUCGCCUCCGCACAAGACUGGAAAGAGAGCUGGAGUCGCUGCGCAUGCAGCAGCGUCAGGGAGGCUCUCAGAGCAGCGGUGCGGUCCCGUCGGAGUACAACGCCACCGUGCUGAUGGAGCACCUGAGGGAGAAGGAGGAGCGGAUUCUGGCUCUGGAGGCCGACAUGACCAAGUGGGAGCAGAAGUACUUGGAGGAGAGCGUGAUGAGGCAGUUUGCCCUGGAUGCUGCCGCCUCUGUGGCCACUCAGAGGGACACAUCCGCAGCAGCGAGCCACUCUCCCAGCAGCAGCUACGACACGUCGGUGGAGGCUCGGAUCCAGAAGGAAGAAGAAGAGAUUCUCAUGGCCAAUCGGCGCUGUCUGGACAUGGAAAGCCGGAUUAAGAAUCUCCAUGCGCAGAUCAUAGAGAAGGAUGCCAUGAUCAAGGUGCUCCACCAGCGCUCGAGGAAGGAGCCCAUCAAGUCGGACCUGCCAUCUGCCAUGAGGCCCUCCAAGUCCCUGAUGUCCAUCUCCAACACUGGUUCCGGUGGUUCAGGACUGCUCUCUCACAGCCUGGGACUCAGCAGCUCGCCCAUCACCGAAGAACGCAAGGACACCAGCUGGAAAGGCAGUCUGGGGGUUCUGCUGGGUCCUGAGUUUCGCACAGAGUCUCUCAGGACGGAGUCCAUCUCUUCGUCUCCCUCCCCAGUGCUUCCUUCCACCCCAAUGACUGCAGGACACUCAAAGACGGGCAGCCGGGACAGCUGCACGCAGACGGAGAAAGGCCAGAAUCAGGACACCAGCAAGCCCAGCACUCCAGCCCUUCAGAGCAUGACACUGCCUGCCCGCCUGUCCAGCCCCAGCCCUGUCUACAUCCCUGACCGCAUAGCAGAUGUCUUCCACAGCAGCACCCUAGAGCGGAGGCUCCCGGUCCAGUCCCACCCACAGCAACAGCCGCCCCCACCGACCCCAUCCUCCCAACAGGAAGUGGACAACGACAUGGUGGAGAUCCUCAUCUGACCUCUGGGAAGGAAGAAAAAAAAAACAAAAACAAACAUAAUCCAAACGAA